AUGGAGUCAAUCGCCAGGAUAUCGACGCUGCUCGAGAAUGCGCGAGACUUGACGCUCGAUGCCGCCUCGGCUGCCCGGAGCUCGAGGGGCUCGUCCAAGCCGCUCGAUCGCUCCCAGGUCAAGAAGCUGCUCGACAGCCGCAACGAGCGCGAUGUGCUCGACGGUCUACGGCGCGUCAUCUCGAUGAUGUAUCGGUCGCAGAAGACGCUGCCCCUGUUCUCGUCCGUCGUCAAGAAUGUCGCGUCGCCCAGCCUCGAGAUCAAAAAGCUCGUCUACAUCUACCUCAUCCACCACGCCGAGCAAGAGCCCGACCUCGCCCUCCUCUCCAUCAACACGAUCCAAAAGUCGCUUUCCGACACCAACCCCCAGGUGCGCGCUCUGGCGCUGAGGACCAUGUCGGGCAUACGAGUGCCGGUAAUCAGCCAGAUUGUCUCGCUGGCGAUCAAGAAGGGCGCGGGGGACAUGAGCUCGUACGUGCGGCGCGCUGCAGCACUCGCUAUUCCCAAGUGCUACAGGCUCGACCCGUCGCAGCUUCCUCAGCUGCUCGAAUAUCUGGCGACUCUGCUGGGCGACAAGCAGUACUACGUUGCUGGCGCCGCUGUCACGGCCUUUCUGGAAGUCUGCCCCGAAAGAAUGGACAUGAUGCACAAGCACUACAGAAACCUGAUCAAAAUGGUCGUGGACAUGGACGAGUGGAGCCAGCUCUCGACGUUGCGCCUUUUCGCCAUGUAUGCCCGAAAGUGCUUUCCGCGACGGACCAGGACAGCCAAGAGCAAAGCGAAGGUGGUCAACCUCCAAGACUUUUAUGGCGAAGCGGUCCAUGUCAGCUCGGAAGGCGAGCAGGUUCUGGUCGUCGACCCGGACCUCGAGUUGCUCCUCAACAGCAUCAAGCCGCUCCUCCAAUCCCGCAACUCAGGCGUGGUUGUGGCAGUUGCCAGAUGCUACUCCGCCGUGGGAACCCCCGAGUAUAUCCAGCUGGCCAUCGGGCCGCUUGUCGCAUUGCUCCGUGGUGGGCAAGAUAUCCAGCAAAUUGCCCUCUUCAAUAUUGUGUCCAUUUGCCUAAACCACCCCGCCAGCUUCGUCAAGUACGCUUCGCAUUUCCUGGUUCGUGCGACCGAUACGGAGUCUGUGUGGGAACUCAAGCUUGAGCUGCUCACUCUCGUUUUCCCGCACGCGCCGCCUCACACAAAAAGUCUAAUCCUCAACGAGCUGGAACACUUCAGCCGAGGCUCGAACAAAGCACUCCUAAGGGAGGCGGUAAGAGCCAUCGGGCGUUGUGCCCAGACCGACGCGGCAACGGCACCCAGAUGCUUGCGACUCUUGCUGGGUCAGAUCACAAGCCUGGAAGGUACUCUGGCAGCUGAGAGCUUGACCGUCAUUCGACACCUGAUUCAGCAGGACCCAGCGGCCCACGUUGCGACUGUGGUUCGGCUGGCGAAGAAUCUGGACUCGGCAACUGACCCCCAGGCCCGGGCGACUAUAAUCUGGCUGGUGGGCGAGUUUUCGGGGCUAAAUGGCGAAGACAAUAUUGCUGCUGAUGUGCUGAGGAUCUUGCUCAAGGACUUCGCGUCCGAGUCAGAGAUGGCAAAGAGGCAGAUUGUCCUGCUCGGUGCAAAGGUCUACCUCCAUCACCUGAACCGGCAGCUCGACGAGUCCAAGCUUCUCGACGAGUUCAAGCUUCUCGACGAGUCCAAGCUUCUCGACGAGUCCAAGCUUCUCGAUGGGGGAGCCGUUGCUGCUCCGCUAAAAUCACUGGAGGCGGGCGACCACCCGACCGCAAAGCUUUGGAGCUACGUCUUGCUUCUAGCUCGGUACGACACGUCAUACGACCUGCGCGACCGAACAAGGCUCUACAAGGCACUCCUAGAGGUGCCGCAGCUGGCAACCCUGAUGCUCCUCGCUCCGAAGCCGGCCCCACAGGCACCCAGCCCCUCUGAGACGAGGCGCGGGUACACGCUGGGGUCCUCGGCGCUUGUCCUUGCCGGCGGUGGCGGCAUCCACGGCCUCCGCGGCUACGAGGACCUGCCUGACUGGGUCGAGGAUGGCAAGGAGCCGGAUCCGAGGCUGAGAGAGACCGAUGCUGGAGCGGGCUCUACCGUGUACUCCCGUGAGAAGAGGGUUGUUCCUGCGGCCGAAAGCCUGGACGCAGCAGCCGGCUCUGCGCCUGCGAAGAAACCGAAUGGCACGAAGGAGCCUGUUGGGACAAAGACACUGGAUGACUGGCUUGCUGAGGAUGAUGGCGGUGACGACGAAGAGGAGAGCGAGGAGGAAGAGGAUGACGAGGACGACGAAGAGGAGGAAGAUGAAGAGGAAGACGAUGAAGAAGAGGAAGAAGAAUCGGACGAAGAUGACGACGGGGAGGAUGCGAGGCUCAUGCACUAG